CCGCACUUAGGGCCGAGCGCGCCGCCCGCCAGCCCGUGCGCCCCCGAGUCGCCCAGCCCCACCAUGCCCGCCGACCUCAGCGGCACUUGGAACCUGCUCACCAGCGACAACUUCGAGGGCUACCUGCUGGCUCUAGGUAUUGACUUUGCCACUCGUAAGAUAGCCAAGCUGCUGAAGCCACAGAAAGUGAUUGAGCAAAAUGGGGAUUCUUUUACCAUACACACGUACAGCAGCCUAAGGAACUACCUUGUUCAAUUUAAAGUUGGAGAAGAAUUUGAUGAAGAUAACAAAGGCCUGGAUAACAGAAAAUGCAAGAGCUUGGUCACCUGGGACAAUGACAGACUCACCUGUGUCCAGAAGGGGGAAAAGAAGGACAGAGGCUGGACCCAUUGGAUUGAAGGCGACAAGCUCCACCUGGAAAUGUUCUGCGAGGGCCAAGUGUGCAGGCAGACGUUCCAGAGAGCCUGAUCCGCGUCCAACAGCGGGGCCGCGCAGGGCUGAGGCUUAAUACCAGGCCAUAUUCCAGAAUGAACAGGUGUCAACCUGUCCUGGCUUGGUGAUGGGGCCUUGUGGUCAGAGAGCCUGCGCCAGAAACCACUUGCAUUGUGGGAAAGCUGUUUCGCUUCAAUAAACCUGUCCGA